CAAAUAUACAAAUUUAUGUUUGCAAAAUAAAAAAAAUCUGAAGAAAUAAUAAGAAUGAAUUAUUAUGGACAGAAGUUGAGGUAUGGAGGCUUUGUGCCUGUUGACCCAAGCAGUCCAAAAAUCCAAGAAAUUGCUUCUUGGGCUAUUAGCAAGUAUAACAAUGAACAUGGAAGAUCCAUGAAGUACUUGAAGGCUAUAAAAGCAGAACAACAAUUGAAUGCUGGUGUGAUAUAUCGCAUAGAUCUGGAGGCAUCUUAUAGACAUGAUAAUGGAUCAGUGAUAAGUGUGAAGUUAGGCAAAUAUCAAGUAUUGGUUUAUCAGGAUUUCAACAAGCAGCUCAAUCUCCAUGACUUCAAGCCUCUAUUACAAUUUGCAACACAAUAAUGGUGGUGGAAUAUGCAUCCAACUUUCCAAUAACUAAGCCUAAUUACUAAGCCAUACCUAAGCUUAAUAAAAAAAUAUUUAGACGUAUUCUAUGUGUACGUUUGAGUUUGCACUAUAAGAUUCAAAAAACUCUCACAUAUUUUAAAUUUCUGAUGCAAAAUCAAAAGGACGGAUAGAGUAUAUAUUGGGAAAAUAAUUAAGAUAAAAUCUUGUAGAUUAAUAUUUAUUUACAAAAUUUAUCUUAAUUAUUUUCCUAAUGAUAUAUGUUUGGUAUGCUUCAUUAUUAUUGCAUAUGAAUCUACGUACUAUUAUCAAUAAAGUCAUACUUGACUUGAUUAUGUAACUACGAAGUACUAGGGACUUGUUUCGUA